CCGCCCCCGCCGCCGCCCCCGUCAUCGGGGAUGCCGUUCUACUUUGGGAUACCAGUGCUUGGUAGCACUAAGUCGAUACUGAAGCUGGGGCGGAGGCUGCAGGAGGAGGCGCGGCGCGGGAAGAAGCGGCCUCUCUCGGUGGCGGAGGAGAGGGGGUAUCGCGAGUGCGACGUGGGCAAGAGGGUGAUGCGCCAUAAGCGGGACGAGCCGCCCCUGGACACUGCCGGCAUUGGCGCCGCGGCUAGAGUACGCGAUGCGCUCACGAAGAUGAUGCCUGAGCCUGGUACGCGUAGGGGCGUGCGCCGCGUGGACUACUCCAAGUUGACGCCGCUCGUGGGGUCGCGGGAGCCCAGCUCCAGCGACGCGGCUGGAGAAGACGUUUUGCACGACGAGGCGCUUCAAAUCAUCGAAGGACAGCCAGAGGGGCUCCAUGAGGUCAGCUCCGCCCAGUGGUUUGCCCUACAGGUCUCAACGGAGUUCAUGCGGCUGCUGGACCCACAGGUGGGUUCUAGCGCCGCAGCUGAGGGCGAUCUGGACGGGAGGCUGGAUGAGGAGGCGAUAGACAAUUUGCUGAAUGGGGAGGGCAUGGAGGACAUUGUCAAAACAUCGAUACCAAAAGCUUAUUCCAAGGAGAUUCUUUAUGACUUAAUAGUGGAGUGUGUUGCACAAUACCGAAAGUGGCUGUUAGAUAACAGAGACAAGUUAGAUAAGGAAAAGUACAAGCAGUGCCUGAAGCAGCUUCUACCCAUGGCGAAACUUACUUCGGUUUAUGAUAAGGAGCCUGAGAAUUUGUCCAAGAUAAUGAAACUCAUGUACAAGGUCGGAGAAUAUGGUCCACCUCCCAGUGGUGUCAUUCAUGCUAUAUCUCCUCGUCUUUAUCAGAGUACCAUGGAGCAACUCGCCGCUGCUGGAGCAGUAGACGUUUUGCACAAUAAGGUGCCGCAAGUCAUCAAAGCACAGACAGAGGGACUCCAUGAGGGCUGCUCUGCCCAGAGGUUGGCCGGACAAGUCUCAACGAAGUUCAUGCGGCUGCUGGACCCAGAGGUGGGUUCUGGUGCCGCAGCUGGAGGCAAUCUGAACCGGAGGCUUGAUGAGGACGCCAUAGACAAUUUGCUGAAUGUGGAGGGCAUGCAGGACAUUGUCAAGACAUCGAUACCGAAAGUUUAUUCCAAGGAGAUUCUUUAUGAGCUCUUUAAGGAGUAUGUUGGACAAUACCCAAAGUGGCUGGAAGAUAACAAGGAAAAGUUAGAUAAGGAAAACUAUGAACAGUAUGUGAAGCAGUUUGAGUCCAUGGUCAACCUUACUACUGUUUAUGAUGACGAGCCUGAGAAUUUCUCUAUGAUAAUGAAACUCAUGUACAAGAUCGGAGAAUAUGGUCCACCUCCCAGUGGUGUCAUUCAUGCUGCAUCUCCUCGUGUUUAUGAGAGUACCAUGCAGAAAGUGUCUACUGGGAUGGUCGAGCUGCUGCAGAAAUAUGACAAAUUGUUCUCUGUUGAUACCAGUCCUUCUACCACAUGAAGCAGCGUCGACCUAUAUACAUGCACCCUCGAAAGAGUUACAGUCCUCUGCAAAGCAUCAUAUAUAGGCAGGCGUAUAACGAAUUCAUCCUUGCUGUUUAGUUUUGAAGAUUACAUGAACAAUUUGGUCUGGUACAAGGCCAGCUGUGCCUGUGCUUUCUAAUACUAACUAGUAACUACACUGGGAAGUUUAAAUCGAUGAAAAACGAGUAACUAUACUGUACUAGUUCCUUUAUAUCUGUGCUACUCUUGUAUGCUUGUGAUGUAUAGUACGAAUGUUUCUUGUCUGCUGAA